AUGCGCUCUCUGGGCAGCUUCCUUUCCACAUUGUGGAUCACGACCUUCGUCUCCGUCGUUUCUUGCACUCCUCUGCGAUCGAGGGCAACGUACACUAACCCCAUCGUUCCGGGCACCGCGGCGGAUCCUUGGGUGCUUCAGCACGGCGACUUCUACUAUUUGACCUACACCACUGGCGACAAUGUGGAAGUUCGCAAGUCUUCAAACUUGGCUGAAUUCGACGUCACGCCCUCCGUCGUUUAUGCCGCCACAGGCACGCAGACCGACUUCUGGGCGCCCGAACUGCAUUACAUCGACGGCGCAUUCUAUAUAUACGUUGCCAUCGACGAUUCCAACAAUAACAACGACCACCGCAUGUACGUUUUACAGGGGACGAGCACUACCGAUCCCACCCAGCCGUUCAACAUGGUCGGCAAGAUCGGAACGGCAGACGACAACUGGGCCAUCGACGGCACGGUCCUUUUGUACGGCACCGGCAAGAUGUACUUCAUCUGGUCGGGCUGGACCGACCCGUCCAACACCCUCUGGCAGAACCUCUACAUUGCCGAGAUGGACAGUCCGACCCACAUCACCGGUGACCGGGUCCUUCUGCACGAACCGAAUCCGAGCUGGCAGCAGACGGUGGAUUCGGCCGGCGUGCACGGAAUCAACGAAGGCCCCGAGAUCCUUGUGAACGCCGGGAGGACGUUCCUCGUUUAUUCGGCUGCAGGAAGCUGGACCCAAGACUACUGCCUGGCAUUCAUGGGCAUCGACAACCUCGCAGACCCACUCGUCAGAAGCAACUGGUGGGUGCUCGACGAUCGGCCGGUGUUUUGGAAGUCGGACGUCGCGUUCGGUCCUGGUCACGCUUCGUUCCCGUACGAUCGGAAUGGAGUCCCGUACAUCGUGUAUCACGCGAUGGCCGACCCGAACGCGGGCUGGGAUGGGCGCACCAUCCGCACGCAGACGUACGGCUGGAACUCCGACAACUCGCCCGCGUUCCCCUCGCCGUCCGCGCUGGGCGUCGAAUUCCCUCUUCCAGCUUGAUGAGCUCAUUCACGGCGUUCGAUGUGUGCAGCGCCUCACGGCUUCAUAGCGGGUGCGGAGCCUGUCGAGUCCAGGCUUGUCAUUGAUGAAAGUAGAGCUUACGGUUAUUCGACACGACCACGAUACGGGGUCUACUAUUAGCACUAUGUACAGUAACGAAAACGAUGAUUUU